GGCGGCCUCGCUGGGAGAGGAGUUGCUGCGCCUCGAGCUUAUGUGGGGGAUUCCGGCCCGCUUGGCGCGGCGGGGCGGUGAGAGGCGGGGCGGGCGAGAAGGGGCGGUGGUGGACCGCCAAUAGACGUGCGGGAAGGGCUGACAGGCACCUCGCUCGCCCAAUGGGAGGGCGGUGGCUGUUAAAGGUUCGGCGACCCGAAGGGGAGAGUUGGGUGCAGCUGUAUGCAUUUCAUGUUUUAGACUUCAUAUCAAAGCCAAACUUGAAUAUGCUGUCAUGGUUUAACCUGCAACUGAGUACCAUGCAGCUGCUUGCUUACUCACCCUGGUGGAUUGGGAAGAAGAAUCAGAAAAAGGAAGCCUGACAAAUAGGAAAACACUACAAAGUGAAGAGAAAAUUCACUUCACGAGAACUGAGCUCUGCUUUCAUUGGCUUUUAAAUUUUAUUUGUAUUAAUAACUGAUUAGUGUCAGAUCAUCUCUGUACUCUACUGUGGUGAAGUUAUUAGGUUAAAGCUGGAAAAAAUGAAACAAUUAAAAAGAAAAAGGAAAAGCAAUUUUAGCGUUCAGGAAACUCAAACUCUCCUUAAGGAAAUCAGGAAAAGGAGAGAAGUACUCUUUUCAAAGCAACUUAAUACGACAAUUAAUGAGUUGAAACGAAAAGCUUGGGAGGAAAUAGCAGAGUGUGUAAAUGCUGUAGGUGAAGGAGAGCAAAGAACAGGGACAGAAGUGAAAAGGCGAUACCUUGACUGGAGAGCACUCAUGAAGAGAAAACGUCUGAAUGCAAACAUCAAAGUAGUAGGUGCUGGGUUUCACCUUCCUUCAUCCAAUUUAGAUGACUCUCUCAAUGAAGACAUGGAUGAGAAAAUGGGAUUUGCAAUUGAAUCUAGUUUUGAAUGGCAAAAUAUCACUGACUUCAGAGAAGCCGGUGGAUCUUUAACAGAAAUCAAAGUAGAAGAGGAAGAGGAGGAUCCGCAGAAUUUCGAAUUUCCUAUUGAGGAAGAAGAAGAAAUUUUGUCAUCAGUUUUGCCAGAUUCAAAAAAGGAAAAUGACCUACCAGAGUUCCCCCAGAUUGAAGAGUUUGGAAGUCUAACCUCUGUUCAAGCUAGGCUAGCCUAUGAAGAUUCUCACUUGCUUAUAAAUCUGGAGAAGCAGAAGGUGGAGCUGGAGAAGCAGCGACUAGAUAUUGAAGCCGAAAGGUUGCAAGUGGAGAAGGAGCGCCUGCAAAUCGAAAAAGAACGGUUGCGGCAUGUUGACGUGGAGCGCGAGAGACUUCAGAUUGAGAAGGAGCGGCUUCAGAUCGAAUGGGAGAAACUCAGGCUAGAGAGACUGCAUGCUGAAAAACCUGCCCUGGAAAAUGACCUCACCCAAACAGAAAAACCCAUCAUGCAGCCACUGGAUCUAGAAACUGAGAAGUUAAAACUUGAAAAAGAACGUUUGCAGUUAGAGAAAGAGAGGCUGCAGUUCCUAAAGUUUGAGUCAGAGAAGCUGCAGAUUGAGAAGGAACGCUUGCAAGUGGAGAAGGAGCGCCUUCGAAUUCAGAGAGAGGGUCACUUGCAGUGAACUUCUCAAUGGAAGUGUCAACGUUAGCGUUUUGAUGUUUAUAAAAUAGAGGUAGUUCUUUUCUUAAUGCUGAGGUUGUCCUAGAGGCGAAACAUUCUUCUGUUCAGAGUUGAAUGUUGAUGUUAAAAUGAAAAAGAAAAAGAAAAAAAAAAAAGGAAAAAGAAUGGUGCUCAAUAUGUCUGUGUGCCUACAUAAAUGAGCUUAUGUGUGAAGUUGCUUUUCAGUGUAUCAGAACUAAGUGUUAUGUUCUCUUGUCUUCAGUAUUGUGUUGUAUUAGUUUGAUGUCUUCCUCUCAUAGACACGUUGAGAAAAAGCAAGGCUGAACAUUGUACUUUUUUCACUGUACUAACAGUAAGUUAGACACAAUAACAGAGUUGUGGUGCAAUUGAUUCGUUAAACUUAAUUUCCCCAUUUUGUUUUUUUCCAGCCCCACAAUUGGAAAAAGAGUUAAAAAGUUAUCUAAAAGUUAAAGUACAAGAUAAAUUCACUGCACUCGUGUUUACCGUUGUUCCAUGGCUUGAACUGAAUUGGAGUGCAGAAAACAGUAUUCUUCCUUCUGCAUGAAGUACUCAUACUGGAUAAAGUUACAUAUCCACCAUACCUACUGUAAGCUGGACUGUUGGUUGCACCAGGCUGGAACGCAGCAUCUGUCUUGGUGCAGCAUAGGGACUCACUGACUGAUCAGGCAUGCUGUCUGAUGUCUGUGAUGACCCCCUGGAGUAAAUUGCUAGACCUGGUUUGUUCCUUGGAAGACAGUACCCAGUGAUGGGAGUCCUGGGAGUGGAGAGACAGAACACUUGUUCUGCCUAGCCAGCACUGAGGUCAUAUCUGUGAGGCAGCUAGAAGACGCUUCUGUGGCUGACACCAUAUAGUAUGCUUUAAUUAGGCAGAUGGAAAUGGUCAGUGCUGAAGGCUGUCAGGAUUUUUUUUUUUUUCCAUAAGCAAUAUAGUCAUUUAAUAAUUCUAAAAAAUGAAGCUAUUAUUAUUUCAUACAUGUUCAAAUCCCAACUGAGCCAGACUUCACAUUUCUUAGCUUUCUGCAAGGUGCUAUGUUUUGUUGACUUCAUUUGAAACUUAGGACUAUGAGAAUACUAAAUCUGAAUAUAUGUUGAGUGACUUAUGUGGAUUCUUGUGCAAGUAAAUAUAUUUAUACCACUACAGGAUUACUUUUAUUCUGCAAAGAAAAUGUUAUUUUUUUAUUACUGAAACAAGUGUGCUUCUACAGUGGAAAUAAAUUUGACUACUACAAUCCAAAA